GUGGAUCAGCAGGCAGCUGCCUCUGUUCAACAUGAGUGAAAUAAAGGCUCCUGUGACCCUGAAGACGAUCCUCAUAGGAAACUCUGGGUAACCUUUGAUUUUCACCGUCACUCUAGGUGGGAAAAUCCUCCGUCAUGAACAGAUAUGUGAACCACCGCUUCACCAACAUGUACAGAGCCACCAUAGGAACUGACUUUUUCUCCAAAGCAGUCAGUAUAGGCGGAAACACGGUGACUCUGCAGAUCUGGGACACAGCAGGCACAGAGAGGUUCCAGUCUCUGGGAUCACCUCUCUACAGAGGGAGCCACUGCUGCAUGCUGGUGUUUGACGUCACCUCCACGGCCAGUUUCAGCGCUCUGGAUGUGUGGAGGAAGGAGUUUCUGGUCCAAGGAGAGCCUCAGGAUCCAUCUGACUUCCCCUUCAUUGUUCUGGGCAACAAGACGGACCUGAGCAACCGGCAGGUGUCUCACAGAAAGGCCCUGCAGUGGUGUGAAGAAAUUGGAGCAGAAUACUUUGAAGGAAGCGCCAAAGAAGACUUGGACCUUGAGAAACCAUUUCUGAGAGCUGCAGAACUUGGCCUUCAGCAGUACAAAAAACACACAUUGGAAAAUACAGGACAUUUCCAGAUAACCUGCGAACAGCCGAGAGAAACUCGCAACACCUGUGAGUGCUGAGGAGCACCCGUCCCAGGGAAGGAAAGUUCAGAGACCUCGGCACUGCUGAUGAUGACCUAUCUAACAAGGGUGCAAAAAUAGUGACCCGGCAA